AUGUCGUUACGCAUUGAAAGCGAUACAUGGGUUGGAUCCUUGAACACGGCUUGUGGCUACAUUCUUAACCCAUUCAGCGUCCAUGUUACAAACCGUUUCGGCUUCCGGGCUACCGCCAUUCUGGGAUCUGUGGCGAGCCUAAUAGGCAUAGGCCUGGCUUCAUUUUCUGCUCAGCUAUGGAUGAUGUACCCGACUUAUGGCUUCCUGACGGGGUUUGGAAGCACAACGAUCUAUAGUACAUCGAUGCUGGUCGUUUUAAAGUAUUUUGUGAAAUGGCGUUCUGUGGCGGUCGGACUCGUCGCAUCGGCAACAUCGGUUUCUGCGUUUGCCAUGACACAAUUUGUUCAAGCACUACUAAGUGCCUUUGGCUGGCGAUGGGCCAUGCGAGGAAUAGCGGGUCUGUUUUUAAUGUGUGGUUUGUGUUCAGCUUUAUAUCUACCGGUCAACAAAGCGAAGGAAAGUGAUGAACAAACUCUGGAUAGAAUUGGAACAGACAAGAAGAAGGAUAAUGAACCACAUGUACUGAAGAACCACAGAUUUUUAGUAUUUUGCUCUGCAAAUACAAUUGUUAUGUUUGGAUACUUCAUUCCAGUUAUGCACAUCAUCAAACAUUGUAAGCAAGAACUCCAGAUUCCUGAACACAAAUCCUACAUACUCUUCACUUACCUCGCUGGAGCGUCUGUUAUCAGCCGCCUCGCGUUCUGCAAAUUGGGAGACUUUCAAUGCGUCAGCCGUUUCUUUCUUUAUCAAGUGUCCGUGGUCAUAUAUGGGAUAUGUGUGUUACUACUACCAUUUGUAAAAACGUUUAACUCUUUGGUGAUAAUAUUUGUUGUUUUUGGACUUAUGGACGGCGGUGCAGUGGGUCAGUUUUCCCUUCUUGUCUUAGGCUGCGUCGGUCAAAGAAAAGUGAAUCAAGGCUGGGGUUACGCCAUGUUUAGUGUAGGUUUUGGAGUCGGCACUGGACCUCCACUCGCAGGUUUUAUGGCGGACGAGAGUGGUUCCUACGCGGUAGCCUUUUAUUUAUCAGGAGUAGUGCUUAUAGCUGGAGCUGCUAUCACACUACUGAUGAAGUUUGUAAAGCAACCGGACGUAACCGAAGGCCCUGAAGAAGUCAAAGCCCAAGAAAUGGGAAUUCUGAUUGUAGAGAAAGUCACCGUUCUUUAA